AUGGCGCCUUCCGUCAUGCCGACGGCACAGGCGCAGAUGCAAGCGCCAGUGCAGGCCUUCGACCUGGUGGGAUCCGAGACAAUGCUCACGGACAUCUGGGAGACCCCGGAGGUGCUGCGAAGGCUGCUGCAGGCCCACUUGAAGGGCCGCGCUGUGGAGAUCCCGCAGCUCCGGUCCCCGCUGUCGCGACUCGGUGGGCAGACGCCGCUGGAGCUCAUGGCGUCCUCGUCCCAGGCGCGGAUCACGGAGGCCUUCUGCGGGAGGAUCCUGGUGAUUGGCUCGGGGACGUCCUGGCAUUCGGCGCUGCUCGCUGAGUACCUCAUCGAAUACAUGGCGAGGAUACCGGUGGAGGCACACUAUGCCUCAGAGUUCAGAUACCGCGAUGCCGCGCUACGCGCCGGGGACGUGGUCUUUGUUGUGUCCAUGUCUGGGGAGACCACCGAUGCAGUGGAAAGCCUUCGCAAGGUGCGCAGUGGCGGGAACGGUGACAAAGUGCUCACCUGUGCGGUUGUCAACAAGCCCUCCUCGACCUUGGCCCGGGAAAGUGACUUCGUGAUCAACGUCCAGGCGGGCGUGGAGAUCGGUGUGGCCUCCACCAAAGGCUUCUCUGCCACCAUCAUGAUGUUCGAGCUCUUGAGCCUCGCGCUGGCCAUGGAGUGCGGCACCAUGUCGGAGCCCGAGAUCUCGGAGUUCCUGCGGCGCCUGCAGGAACUGCCGGAAGCCAUGCAGCAGGUGCUGGAGAAGGAGGCCAAACCCCUGGCGCAGACCUCCGGUCGUCCCAUUGGGAUCGGGGAGUGCCCUCUGUGGGACAUCAGCUGCCAGAACGUCUUGGCCCAGAACUUCAUCUUCCUCGGCCGCGGUUUGAACUUCCCAGUGGCGCUGGAGGGGGCCAUGAAGUGCAAGGAGCUCGCCUACAUCCAUGCAGAGGGCUAUCCGGCGGCGGAGAUGAAGCACGGGCCGAUUGCCCUGAUCGACGAAUUCAUGCCGGUGGUGGUGGUGUGCCCAAAAGCAGACUCCACCUAUGAGAAGAUCAAGUCGAAUAUCGAGGAAGUGAAGGCGAGGAAAGGUGCGACCAUCGCCAUUACUGAGAGGAGUAACGACGAGCUGGAGACACUUUGCGAGUAUGUCAUCGCGGUUCCUGAGACCCAUGAGUAUUUGAUGCCGCUUUUGGCAGUUCUGCCGUUACAGCUCUUGGCCUACAUGAUGGGCGUGCUGCGCGGCAACGCCGUGAACCAGCCACGAGGGCUGGUGAAGACGGUGUCCGCGAGCUUGAGUGGAUACGCAAGUGCGACUUCCCCAAUCGCUGAUCAGUGA